AUGGAUUAACCAAAGAAUAAGAUAAUAUUAACUGGGGAUCAACCUUAAAAAUUGAUAUCCUUGCAAGAGAGAGUUAAAGUAGAAGUCCCAAAAUUAGUAAGAGAGGAUUUAGUCUAAAAAUAUUCUAAUGAAGAUCACUUAAUUAGAUUGUUGAUUGCUAGAGAAUGGAAGGUCAAUGAUUCAUUUGAUUAAUGGAAAAGAUGGGUUGAAUGGAGAAAACAGUAUAGAGCAGAUGAUAUCAAGAUUGAAGAAAUUCAAUAGGAAAUAAAUUUAAACAAAGCCUUUUGGAAUGGAUCUGAUAAAUUAGGUAAUCCAUGUUUGGUUGUGAAGGCAAAGAGACAUUUUCCUGGUCAAAGCAAUCCUGAGACAUUAAUCAGGUUUUUUUUAUAUAUGAUUGAUUAAGGAAUAUAGAAAGCUGAUUAAGCUGGUACUGGUAAGAUUAGCGUGAUUUGGGAUAGAGAAGGUGUUACAUCAAAAAAUUUUGAUUCAUCUAUGUUUACUAUAAUGAAGAAAAUGGUCACUUUGGUUUAAGAUAAUUAUGCAGAGAGACUACAUCAAUUAUUUAUUCUUUAUCCAAAUUUUUUAGUUAAAUCUAUUAUGACUGUUGUAAGACCAUUUUUAAGUGAAAAAACAAAAUCUAAGAUAGCAUUGUGUAAUGAAAUUAAGGAUCUAAAAGUUUAUUUCCCAGAAAAUUAUCAGAUUUCUGAUGGAUAAAUAGGUGAGAAUGUAGAAAAACCUCAAGAUGAGGAUACUGAAGAGGAGAGAAAGAAAAUAGAAUAGAUGAUAGCAGAAUAACAAUGAUAUUAUUAUUAUAGAUUUAUUAUUUGGAAGUAAAAUCUAAUCA